AUGGCUGCCUUGGAUAAUCUGAGUGAGCGAGACAAGGCGGUUCUGCGUUGCAUAUUCGAUCCAACGGCGACAAUAGGCGACGUCGUUGAAGAUGGUGACAACUUCCCUGAUGAGGAGUCAGAGCCCGCAUCACCGGCGCACGAGGAGUCGAGAAUGCUCACGUUGCGGGCGAUGCAGUUGGCCGAGUCAGGAAAGCUGACGGAGGCUCUGGAGCUGAUGAACGAGGCCGUGGCAGCAGCCCCCGAGAGGGCGUCCGUUUACAACGACAGGGCACAGCUACUACGUCUAAUGCUGAAGGACAGCGAAGCCAUGUCGGAUUUAGAGCGCGUCAUUCAGUUGACCGAGGGUAGGAGGACGAGGGCCAGAGCGCUCGCCCUCUGCCAAAGGGGGGUGCUACUGCGCAAACUCGGCUCGGCCGAAGGAGCACGGGCGGCUUUCACGGAGGCAGCCAAGUUGGGCAGCGGUUUCGCCAAGAAACAGGUCGUCGAAAUGAAUCCAUACGCGGCUUUAUGCAAUCAAAUGUUGAGCCAGGUCAUGAGGGGUGAGGAGAUUAAAUUA